GGCAUGCGAACCAGAGCACAGUACACCAACAUUUCUUCGCUGAGGCAGGCGCUGAUCGCCAGUUUUGAGAGAAACCGGAUUUUUUCCCGAAGAUGACACAGAUAAGUGCCGAGGACAGAGAUUUCCUCAUUUUGCUCUACUACAAGUUGGAAGAACUAAAAGGAACUGUCGUGACAGCAGAAUAUGAAGAAAUGUUGCUCAAAUAUGAUUUCACAACCACCUCAGCUAGGAAAGUUGCCAGUCAGUUCGAUCCAGAACGACAGAAAAUUAUCACGCGAGAACAAAUUUACCGGGUUCUGAACUGUCCUGGGAAUUACAUGCCAAAAAUGUCAAUUCCACGUGAUAUAAGUAUCCUAUCAUCUGAUAUGGGACCGUACUUACAAUAUUUUGUGAUCCACAUGGCGAGGAAAAUUAUGAAAUACCUACCAGACAUGAAAGAAGUUGUCAGUCGUAUCAAAAUGCGCCUGGAUUCACUUUACGGUCCCUUAUGGCACGUAUUCAUUGUCCGCGGCCAGUACUGGGCCUACUACUCCCAUGACACACGAACUGGUCUCGUCUUCAAAAAGGACGACCUAAUUUAUUUGAUGUACCGUUCACCGACAGCUGAAUGACGCAACAGCUUCACACACAGGACAUCUCUCAUCUUUUGAUAUAUGCCCGCAAAACAAAUCUACUGAAGGUUCAUCUGCUAUUUCAAAUCACCUGUUUAGAUCACUCAAGAACGGACGAUUUAUACAUAAAGCAUUCAUUUUUAAAUUUGCUCAUUGCACAUAUCUGAUUCCAAAAAAACCAAAUAGAUGUACAUCUGAUUAACACCAUGA